AGAUCCAAACCACUCUCAUGCCGAUGGUUUCUCUCGGCAUGGGAGCGGGCGGUAGUGCCCGCAUGCAUUUCGUGAUGAUAUGGAUCGCAGUGCUCUUCGCCUUGGCCGCUGCCGACGCGAGAACUUACAGAAAUGAUCAAGCCGGCGCAAGUGGCGCUCGCCGACUGGGCGCCCUUGAGGACAAGUUGGCGCACACCAUGCAUGUAGUAAAGGAGCUGAAGGCAGCAGAGCUGGAACUGACCAAGGAGUAUUUGCUUCUGGCCUUUGGUUCUGAGGACUCCAGCAAGGUGAAGAGCCUGUCAGCAUCUACCCAGCAACAAGUGGCGGUGUUGGUAACUGGGAACGACGAGUUCGUAGCACCGCCCAACUCGGACACAGCCGCCAAGUUGAAUGAACUCAUUGUGAAGGAGCUUGCUUUUCAUUCACUGCUCCUGUCGAGCCUGUACGUGAAUACCAGCUCGGUGGACCUGCUAGCUCAAGUGGUCACCCAAAAGGAGGACCUGGAAGAUGCUUACGACAAGCUGCACGAGCAGUACGGUGCGUAUGGUCAGAUGAAUGGAUAUGCGGAUCCGAUGCAAAAAGCGUACGGGUUCCAUUUGCAGGCGGAUGCGGAGGGCAUGGCAGUCAAGUCCCUACUGAUCUUGUUGGACCUUGACCGUUCCAAUUACCUGACCUUGCUUCAGCAAGCCCAGGUGCGAUUUAGCGCGAUGCUCCAAAGCCUCCGAUGGGGCGAUGUAGUUUUACAGAUCCCGGAUCUCACGGACGUUUGCAUGCUGCAGGCACUGGCAAAGGUUUCCGCCAGUUGGUUCGAGCUGGAUAUACUUCUGCUGCAAGUGCGGAGCGAUGACGCGAUCGGGGUAGAUCUGAGCUUCGCCCGCUCCGUGCAGUCGGCUUCUGCUGUCCUGCGGAGUGAUUUGCACCUUUUGGGCGUGGCGUUCGAGACCAACAUGCCUUGCAACCCCCUCUCCAGCAUGGAGGAGGCGUUGUGGAAGACCGGCAUCAUGGAGACUAACUUGUUCCGCUCCUACGUGCAGAAAUCCGCACGCCUCUUCUUCCAGGUCAUUAGCGCAACGGCGGCUGAUUUGGAGAAGCUCCUGCUGACUCAGACACUUGCGGAUGCGAGUGCAGCUAUUGGCAACGCUUUGAAAGGCUCCUAUAGCAAGAAGGUGCCUGUGCCACCUUCGCAGGCGCUGGUGGAUCUGCUGACGACCUCCUUCGCAUUGUGGACGAGUUUCCAAGAGGACGUCCAGCGAGCCGUGGUCACCGGCGAUGCUGCGGUCACGUGGCGCGUGGGCCGAAAGAGUGACGAGCUGGACGCAAAGAUGGAGGAGGUGGGGCUUGGCUAUGUCCUCGCGGCCUAUUCUGCAGACCCCACGCUGAGGGCGAUCGUGUGGGAGAGCGCGGAGCAGAGCCGUGGAUUGCUGCAGCAACUGGCUGAAGAAUCUCUCCUCAUCAGCCUUCGCGACUCUGCGGUGGGCAUGACAGGAUCCUUUGAAGCGCACACCGCGAAGUUUGAGAAGCUCCACUGGGAGCUGCUUCGUGGCGCCACCAACUCGCACCUCGUGCCAGAGGUGCCCAUUCCCCGGACCGUGGACGCGUGCACGUUGACGACGAUGGCCACCGUGUGGGCCGACUAUGAGGCCCUGAAGAGCAUUCUGAUUCAGCUGUAUGGCUCAAAGGAUUUCCUUACGAACCACAAGGGCUUCAUCGCCAGCGAGGCCGCGAGUCCGGUGCUGGCGCAGGCGAUGUUGGCCUUCAAGCAGGGCUGGGAUGAGUUCAGGAACACCGACGAGAAGCGCCUGGAGAAUCUGCAGAUUGCUUACAUCUAUUCCAAUCCCAAUGCAGUGGGCUCCAAGGACAAUUUGGACUUCGCCCCAGGAUCUGAGUACUACCACCAGGUGCACGCUCAGUAUCACCCCGUCUAUCGUAGUAUCCUUUAUGAGCGCAACUACUAUGAUAUCUUCAUGUUUGACCUUGAAGGCAAUCUCAUCUACUCUGUGUACAAGGAGUUGGACUAUGCCACCAACUUCGCGGCCAACGGCACUGGCGUAUGGAAGGACUCCGGCCUGGGCGAGGCCUUCCGCGCAGCGAUGGCGAACCCAGACCUGAUCAACGUCAUCGACUGGAAGCCAUACGGGCCAAGCUAUGGCGCGCUGGCAAGCUUUCUGUCCACGGGCAUCAAGCAGGACGGGCAAUUGGUGGGGGUCUUCUGCACGCAGAUGCCCCCGGAGAGUAAGCCCGUGCAGAUCUCUGAGAUGGAGCCCGUCUUGGACACGGCGCUGGCCUCCAUGGACACCGCCGUGCGCUUCUACCUCCAAGGCAACGCGAGCUGCGACACCGCGCUGGACGCAACAAGCUGGGAGGUGAUGAUGCAAACCUACAACUCCUUGGACUCCAAGUUCAAGCACGCAGAGACGGAGUUCGCGCUGCUGGCGGCCGGGUAUUCGCAGGAAUGGCUGAGCUUGUCGGCUGUGGGUUUGGAAGAGCACAAGUCCUAUUUGGUCAUCGAGGCGGCAAAGCCUGGCCUGGUGGAUGCUUUGUGGGAAUUCAAGCAAGCAUGGGACGCCUACCGCCCAACGAACGCGGAAAGGCUUCUGAGCUUGCAGAUUGCCUAUAUCCUCCUCAACCCCAAUCCUCUAGGCCAGAAGGACGUGCUCGACUAUGCCGAUGGGCCAGAAGAUUAUCACCAAGUACAUCGCAGGUAUCAUCCGACGUACCGGACCAUCCUCUACGAUCGCAACUACUACGACAUUUUCAUGUUCGAUCUCGAAGGCAACCUCAUCUACUCGGUGUUCAAGGAGUUGGACUACGCCACCAACUUUCUGGCGGACGGCAUCGGGGAGUGGAAGGACUCGGGCCUGGGCGAGGCCUUCCGCGCAGCGGUGGCCAACCCCGACGGGAUCAACAUCAUCGACUGGAAGCCCUACGGCCCCAGCUAUGGUGCCUUGGCUUCCUUCUUGUCCACCGGCGUGCGGCGCUAUGGGGAGCUGAUCGGCGUCUUCUCCACGCAGCUGCCCCCCGAGUUCACACCGCGGAACUCCUCGGCGCUGCUGGACGAGGUGCUGGAGGAGUUGCACGCCACCUUCGAGGACUUCAAGUUCGGCAGCCCCGCGGCCAAGGCCAAGCCGCCCCCAUCCCAGGCGGCCGCGGACCACCUCUUCGCUGCCAGCGACACCUGGGACACGCUGGAAGCUCAAAUGAAAGGUCCAAAGGCGAAGGAGGUACUGCUGGAUAUGCGCAACAAGGGGGAAAGUUUCAAGUCAGUCGUCCUGGAACUUGAGCACGAGGUGCAGAGCUUAGCCUAUCAGCAGCAGCCUACCAUCCUGGGAGAGAAGAUGCGAUUGGCCAGCGAGACCCAGUCUAUGCUGCAGCAGAUCCAGCUGGACGCCGUGCUGAUCUCCAUGGGCGGCUUCGACUCUUUGCGCGGCAGUCUCGGUGCGACCUCCGCCAAGUUUGAGCAAAACCAGGUGCUUCUGAGGGAUGGCAACUUGUACCGUCGUCUGGCCAUGACCGACGUCCCAGCGACUAACUCCUUCGAUGGGCUCGAGAAGUUGACCGCCAUGGAUUCCGCCUGGGUCGCUUUGAAGCCGGAAGUGGAGGCCAUAGCUAUGGGUGGUGAGACCAGCGUCACUACCAUGAAGAGCUUUGUGCCCCUGGCCGACACGGCCACCGAGGCGGCCGCGGGGGUCUCGGACUUCUUCUCCACGGUGACGCGCACCACCACGCUGAUGGCUCUGGAGAUCCUGGCCCCCAUGCCGCUGACGGGUGACUGGGCGGCAGGCCAGACCUUCCGUCUGGCCGCCAGGCUGGCGGAAGGCAUCAUCAACCAGGACCAACUCAUUCUGCCGGGUUAUCGCUUGCAGCAUCAGAUCUAUGAUGAUAAGUGCGACGACAGCGUGGGCUCGGACAAAGUGGUUUCCGCCAUGGCCACAAUUGACACCUUCGUGGCCAUCGGGGGCAUGGGUUGCGACGCUGUGUGCCGUCAAGUGUCUUCAUUGGCCACGUCCAUGCGCUUGCCGUUCCUGAGCUACGAGUGCCCCUCCGCAGCCUUCUCGGACUUGUUGGCCUUCCCAGCCUUGGCACGAAUGGGCACGUCUGCCAGAAGUCGAGCUCUGACGGUCAUCGAGCAACUGAAAGAAAAGUACACUUGGAAGCACGUCUAUGUGGUGUCUGCAGAUCCUGCCCAGUACCAAGUGGAAUCAGAAGCCUAUGUCGCUGACUUCCAAGCCAUGGGCGUGAGCAGCGAAUACCUCAGCGCCCCCGUCUCCCGCUGGAACGACAUCCGCAGCGUCAUGGCGACCAUCAAGGGCCAGACCCCUGGCCUGGACCGGGUAAUCUUCGUGGUGGGCCCCGAGACCUUCUAUCGAAAGCUCAUUUGCGCCUCGAUCAUCGAAGGUCUGCAGAAAGGCGUCACUUGGCUGUCCAAGGGCACCUGGCGGAACCAGUGGUGGCAGAGAUCCGACUUGCUCACCUCGGCGCACAGGCAAUGGCUCCGAGAAGACGUGGGGGGGCUGCAGCUGAAGACGGUCUUCACAGAGUUCAAGAACGCGUGGGACAGCUUCCGUGGCGACGUGGAGGCCACUCGCCAGGAUCUGUUUGCGCUGUAUGUCACAGACCUGAAGGACGAGCUGCUAGAAGCUGAGGGUACCGAGAGGUACCACGAGGUGCAUGCUCAAUACCAUCCCAUCUACCGCCGGAUUCUUUAUGAGCGUGGCUACUAUGACAUCUUCAUUUUCGACUUGGAGGGAAACCUGAUCUAUUCUGUCUUCAAGGAGACAGACUACGCCACCAACUUCGCGGCAGACGGAAAUGGCCCAUGGAAGGAUUCUGGCCUUGGUCAGGCGUUCAGAGGGGCUUUGGAAAGGCCAGACAACCUCACCUAUGUGGACUGGCAGCCCUAUGGCCCCAGUGCCUAUGCAGACGCGGCCUUCUUCUCCACGGGGCUGAGAAACGAGGAUGGCGUGCUGAUUGGCAUUUACUCCAUCCAACUGCCGCCCGAGUACGAGCGCUCCAUUGAGGUUCUUCAGCCUCAGUGCAGCUUCACAGCUAUUCAGGAGGCCUUCCAGGGAUCGAUCAACGUGGCCGGUCUUGGCCGCCCCAUCGAGGCGCUGUAUGCUGUGCAUCUGGGUGUGGAGAUGCCAUUGCCGAAGUCGUGGAUGAGCUGCUCCAAGUUGGAUAAGUUGCUCUACGGCUGCCCUGCCAAGCCCUCGGCGCUGCUGAUGGAUUCACAAUGUAGGCGGAGCGGUCCGCGUUCUGUCGACAUUCCAGCCGCAGCGCGCACCUUUAUUGGAAUCUUUCAGGAAGGCAGGCCCUGCAGGUUCCCCGCGGAGAAGCCUUGA